AUGGUUCUGGGACGACUGAUGCACUACGCAGGCGAUGCGCUGCUCAUCUCCACCGUGCUCGCAGGCAUCAAGCGCCAGACUGGCCUCCGUCCAGAUAUCGACCGCAUCUCUGAACCUACAACCAAGGGCCUGCUCGAAAAGUACCUCGGAUUCGGCGAAUUCGUCUUCGACAGCAGCGUCGCCGCAGCACGCGCCUCGUCUCUCUUCCGGAAGGACCUCGUCGACAGGCUUCAGGGCCGACCUGCUCCUUAG